AGUAUGCAAAUAAGGAAACAAAUUAUUAGUAUAUAUAGAUGUGUAUUGAGAAAAUAUUACAAAUUCUUCCCAAACUCUACUUAUCGCACUGACCUUCUACAUUUGAAAAAUGCUAGCUCUCCAGGCUCUCUGUAUCUUGCUCUGUGUGCCCUUGGUGUUAUCUGGUACCCAGAUAUGUAGUGACCCAGACAACAAUGCCUAUUCCAUCAUUACAUGUGGUGCCCCUGGAAAAGAUGGCCUACCAGGCAAGGAUGGUACAAAUGGACUUAAAGGAGAAAAAGGAGAACAAGGAUUAACCGGCCCAGCUGGACUACCAGGGAUUGCUGGACCUCCUGGACUAAGAGGAGAACAGGGUCCCUCAGGCCCAAAAGGAGAAAAAGGGGACAGUGGAACUUCAGCACUGGAAGCUCUCAGAAAACAAGUAUUAACUUUGAAUGGACAAGUAAAUGCACUGCAGUCACAGUUAACACAACAGAAGAAAGCUUUUACCUUUUUCAAAGGAGGAGCAAAUGCUGGAGAAAAAAUCUAUGUCUCAAAUGGCGGACAAACUGAUUUUAUUGAUGCAAAGUCAGUUUGUUCUAAAGCAGGAGGUCAGCUGGCGUCACCAAGGAAUACUGCUGAGAACCAGGCUGUGUUAUCCAUACGCUCACAGUAUGAGGUUCAUGCAUAUCUGGGUAUAACUGAUAUACAGGCAGAGGGCACUUUUAGGUACCUAACUGGUGAAAGAAUUACCUACUCAAACUGGGCUACAGGCGAACCAAAUAAUGUCCAAGGAGUAGAGCAUUGUGCAGAAAUGUAUGACACUGGAAAAUGGAAUGAUAAGAAUUGUUCUGAAAAACGUCUUGUCAUUUGUGAGUUUAAUUAAUUAGAAAUGCAAAGCUCUGCAAUCUUUUAAAAAUAUAUUUAGUGGAGAGGUUCGAUUUAUUUUCAAUUCAUUAAUGGUAAUAGUAUUACAUAGUAUUACAGUCAAUUAUUAUAGACUCACAAAUUCAAAUUUCUUUUCCAUCUAGAUUAUAUUUUUAAAGUACCUAUUGAUAUUGUGUAAGUGUCAUUAAAUACAAAUGUUGAAGUUA